AUGGAGUCAGACAUCUCACAAGCCUUCCAGAAAGAACUCUCCUGCUUCAUCUGCCUGAGCUGCCUGACAGACCCAGUCACCAUAAGCUGUGGUCACAGCUUCUGUCGAGCCUGCCUCCACCUUUCCUGGGAAGACAUCCAACCUCCUGUCCGAUGCCCUUUGUGUAGAGAACAAUAUUGGAAGGAAUUGAGAACCAACAUUGUUUUGAAGAAGCUGGUGUCCAUUGUCAGACAAGCCAGCCUCAUGAAGGACCUGAGCUCUAAGGAACAUAAGUGUGUGACCCACGAGGAUACUAAGAGGAUCUUCUGUGCUGAGAACAGGAUCUUCCUCUGUCCACUCUGCUCAAACUCCCAUGAGCACAGAGGACACAGACACUGUCCCAUUGAAGCAGCUGCUGAGGAUCAAAUGGACAGACUUUUAAAGCAAAUGACAUCUUUAUGGGAGAAGGUCCAAGAAAAUCAAGAGAAUUUAGAGGCAGAGAGCAGAAUGAGAACUCUUUGGACGGACUACUUGACUCUUCGGGAAGAAAUGAUCAGGACAGAGUAUAAGAAACUGCAUCCACUCCUCUGUGAAGAGGAAGAGAAACACAUUGAGUCUAUGAGAAAUGAAGGCCAAUGUGUUUUAGAGAAACUCAGGACAAGUGAAACCAUGAUGGUCCAAAAGAGAAAAGAACUAAAAGAAAUGUACCAGGAACUGAUGGCAAUGUCCCAGGAGCCAUAUGUGGUUCUGCUGCAGGGUUUGGACGACAUGUUCAGAAGAAGUGAGUCAAUGCAGCUGAGCAUGCCACAGGCUAUUAAGACAGAACUCAAUGCCCUACCCAUCACUGGACUGACCGAAAGUUACAACCAGUUCCAAGUGCGCAUUUCCUUACCAAACAUAACAAUGAUCCAUCACAAGAUAAACCUCUUUAAUGCCAUGAGAAGAUUGAGCUUCAGACCUCACCGUAAAGAUACAUCUGCGGAUUAUGCUGGAUGCUAUUCUGCUACCUGGAGUUCACAGAGCUUCAUCUUAGGGAAAUAUUACUGGGAGAUUGAUUUGAAGGACUCUUGGGACUGGGCUGUAGGGGUCUGUAAGGAUUCCUUGUUAAGGAAUAGAAACCAAGUGAUUGAACCUGAAGGUGCAUUUCUUCUUGUGUGUGUGAAGGAGGGUAAUGAUUACAGUCUCCUCACCACAUGCCCAGUAUUCCAGCACUAUAUAGAGAAGCCACUGGGCCGAGUUGGUGUGUUCCUUGAUUGUGAGGAGGGAUGUUUAAGUUUUGUGAAUGUUGCCAAGAGUUCCCUCAUACACAAGUACCCUUCUGGCACCUUCAAAAACCCUGUCUGGCCUUACUUCUCCAUGGGGAAAUCUGAAAUCCAGUACCAUAGUGAUUUUUAA